AUGGCCCCCGCGCAAUCCCUGCUGCUGAACACGGGACGCAAAAUCCCCACCGUGGGUCUCGGAGUCUACAAAACUCCUGCUGAACAGUGUACUUCACUUAUCUACGAGGCUUUGAACGUCGGUUAUCGCCACAUCGACUCCGCCGCUCUCUACGACAACGAGGAGGAAGUUUGCGAGGGAAUUGCCCAAUGGCUCGCUGAGGACCCUUCGCGCAAGCGUGAGGAUAUCUUCUAUACGACCAAGAUCGGAGAUGGAUCCCACGGGUACGAAAAGGCGAAAAACGCCAUCAAGGUGUCGCUGGAAAAGGCAAAAAAGAUCCAGUACAUUGACCUGAUUCUGAUCCACUCGCCACAGUCGGACUGCGAGAGAAGACACGGGACCUGGAAGGCAUUGGAGGAGGCCUACGAGGCAGGCACGGUGAAGAACAUUGGCGUCUCGAAUUAUGGCGUGAAGCAUCUGAAGGAGCUUCUGGCGUACCCGGACCUCAAGAGGCCAGAAAGUUGCCGACCCCGUGGUCGUGAAAAUGGGCGAGAAGUACAACAAAACCGCCGCUCAGAUCCUCAUAAGGUGGUCUCUCGAACAAGGUUUCAUCACCCUGCCGAAGACCGCCACCAAGGCCCGACUGGCCCCGAACCUCGACGUGUUCAGCUUUGA